GUCGUGGACAACUCACUCAUCGAAGCAAUUCCAAGGCAAUGAGCCGUGCAGAUGACAUCACGACUGCUUUUCGAUCGUUCCGAGAGGAGCUCGACGAGCACCACGACCGGAGAGAGGCGAUCAUCAAAGUCUCGAGAGAUGUGACUGCUCUCUCCAAAAAGUUGAUCUUUCAUCUUCACCGGACCGGCCAGCCCGGCAAAGCGGCAUCCAUCCUCACCGAAGCGCAGGUCAAGCAGACAGAGAUCCUGAAACUGCUCGAGUCGAUCGCACCUCAGCUCCAGGAUGGCAAUUUCUGGAGGUACCAGCGCAACAUCACAGGAGGCAUACAAGAGUUUCUCGAGGCGGUCUCCUUCAUGCACUACCUCGGCCCAGAGCGAUCGAUCAUCACCUUUGCACAAGCCUCACAACUCCUGCAGGAGCGCAGUAUCAGGUUGACAGAAGCAGACUAUCUGCUCGGACUAGCAGACCUGACAGGCGAACUCAUGCGGCUCGGCAUCAGUUCUGUCGGUCUGAGCAUGCACAGGAACGCGCUGGCCGAAGCAGAGCUAGCCGUUCGGGCCCUCAAGAAUGCCACCGAGCCACUCGCGGCUCAUGUGCCUCACAUGUACCGCAAGCUCAGCGUGACCGGCCAAUCGCUGCGCAAGCUAGAAGAUGCGCGAUAUACGCUCGCACUCCGAGCAAAGGAGUACGAGAAUGCGCCCGACAUGAUGCGCGAGCUCGUCAGGAGGAUGCAAGAGGAAUCUGUGCCCCAUGUAGAAGAGCUCGCAGCUUGAUGGAGCAGAAGUAGCAGGUCCCUUGUUUUGUUGUCAACAACAGUACAUCGCAUGUCAUCUAUGACUCAUCUGACUUGGCCGGUCGAAGCGGAUUGACUUGCGUGGGCAGUGCAGAGAAUUUGCGCUGCUUCAGCGUAUCGUAGACCGUCCUGAGUGAGGUGCCCGGUGGGAAAUCAGCCUCGAGCGUCGAAAGGGCUUCCUCCAUCGGCACCCCGGCCGCUAGAGACUUGGUCAUAUAAUUCACUAUAUGGCGCCUGCGAGAAUGCUCCGUCUUCAUCCGCCCCUCGUUGAACUUCCAAUGCGACUUCCAAUCUCUUUCGAGCUCUCUGAUCGAUAUCAGGCCAUUCAGCCCAUUGUGAUGCUCCUCCCAGACAUCUCUGAUCGUCUGGACCGGCUGAAACUCAUAGCGCGGAAUCCAGCAGCCGCCUAGAACUUCGUCUGACCACAAGAGCGGAACACCAAGCAGUUUGCAACCGUACCGUCCGAG